AUGCGUGUAACACUGUUCGUCGUCGCGUCACUCGCGCUGCUAGCGGCCUGCGCAUGCGCACCGAACGGAGAUGUGAUCCAGCACAUUCCAAAACACGAAGCAACACAAUCAAAUACAAAAGAUGGUGCAGUGUCUGGUGCUGUGGACGCAGGUGUUGGAUCUAAGCCGGUGGAAGUCUCAAGAGAACGUAGAGAUAUAGGGGACCAAGAGAGUCACUUGAUACCAUCAGAUAAUGAAGUCUCUGACUUUGGAGAGAGCUCGCUAGACGGCCGUGGGCGUAUUAAGAUCCUUCCUGCUUUCCUUGGCUAA